CAAGAGGGGCGUGACUAUGGGCGUGGUAGCCGACACUACUACAAUCGUCGGGGUGAAGCGCUGCCAUCAUCUCCAGCGGGUUUAGAGGCACAACAGGCUGAAUUAAUCAUCUGCAAACAUGUCUGAGGCCGAGUUUCAGAAAGCCGCAGAGGAGGUCAAACAGCUGAAAGCAAAACCAACAGACGCUGAGAUGCUGGAGAUCUACAGUCUGUACAAGCAGGCCACCGUAGGAGACGUCAACACAGCUCGGCCAGGCAUGCUAGACUUCACCGGUAAGGCCAAAUGGGAUGCCUGGGAUGCCAAGAAAGGAACUAGUAAGGAGGAUGCUGUGAAAGCGUACAUCGCUAAAGUCGAGGAGCUGAAGGGGAAAUACGGCAUCUAACAGACACCCAUAUGAUGGCCAGCAUGCCUUUACCUGUACUGUUCUCCCAUAAACGCCUUAAGGCCUGCAGUGUGUUGCUCACACAAGACUGUGAUCGGUGUGAGAAAACCGGCACAUUCCUCGCAGGCCAAGAGAAAACCGUCCACAAUGUAGUGAAAAGAAUGAAUACUUUUGUAUGCGCUGCCAUAAAAUUCACCUUUACAAUAAACAUGUGUUUACUUCUCUCCUGUUAACACUGAAGAAGGAAAAACAUGUUGUGUUGCCCUUAAGAAAUUUUGUAUUUGUAUCUGAGACCCUUGUGUUUUUUGUAAACAACAAAAUCUUUGUCAUACUUAUUGCCUGAUAAUUGGAGUUAAAACAAAAAUAACAACCCUAUAAUAAAAGCAAAAACCUUUACUGUAUAUGUGUUUAAUACAUACAGUUGUGCAUCAGUGUAAACGAUGGAGUUGUUUAUCCAAGACUGACUUGAAUAGUUAGUAUGAAAUGAUAUGGUUGUAUCCCAUUACAUAAGACCUUUGUUGAAAGGACAGUUUACUCAAAAAUGUCAAUUUUGUCAUCCUCCACUUGUUCUAAACCUGUUUGAGCUUACAAAGGAAGAUAUAAUAAAGAAUACUGAAGAACAAAUAGCCAUUGACUUCAAUAGGAUUAUUGCUUGUUUCUAUGGAUGUCAAUGGCUGCUUUUUUCCAGCUUUCUUCAGCAUAUCUUCCCUUGUGUUCUACUGAAAAUAGAAACUCUGGUUAAAAACCACUUGAGUGUGAGUAAAUAAUGAGGAAAUGUUCAUUUUUAGGUGAACUGUCCCCUUAACUGUUAUAUAGUCUGACAAACUUUACAUUUUGCAGUUUGUUUGGGGUAGGCACAGUCUUCUGAGAUAACAUCGAUAUACCUGUUAUUGUCUUGAAACCACUGAAAAGUCUUAGAAAAAUUAGAUAACCUGUAACACUAUCUCCAAACCAAACACGCAAGAUUUUAGCCACAAGUUUGUCUGUCUGACAAAAACAUUUAAUUACCAGCCACUGCACUCCCAAUGAAAUGGUAAAGGUUUUAAUUUAAUAAAUACACAUUAAACCUCUAUUAAUAGGCUACCUAG